AUCUAAGCGCUAUAUUAAAUUACUUUUCGCGUCAAGCGAUAUUUUAACACAUACGAGUAACUGCAAGACAAUGCACUUUGCAACCUUUGUUUGGCAUUUAAGAACUCGUUAGAUAAACGACUAUAAUACAGACUUGAUCGUUCCGCAAUCGAGAAACAAAAAGAAAAACAACAAUACAUAAGUGCAACUGCAGCCACAGCAAAGCUAGCAACAAUAGCUAAAUGCCGGUCACGAUCUAACCAUAAGAUUACCAAAGAUUAGAGUUUGCAAAUUUGUGUUUGCAAAUACAAACGUAUUUGGACCUUGGAGUUAAGUAUACGCUCAGUGUGGCUGCAACAUGUUGCGGUCGCCGCUGCUGCUGCUGCUGCUGGGUCUGGCCCUCUCUGGCCCGCUGCCAUCAGCUGUUGAGUCGGCCCAGAUACUCGGCUUGUUCGGACAUCCGGGCAAGAGUCACUUUGAUUUCUUUCGUCCCCUGUUUGUGGCGUUGGCUGAGCGGGGACACAAUAUCAGCAUGUACAGUUACUUUCCGCUGAAGGAGCCGAUGGCCAACUACACGGAUUACGUCUUUGAGGGCAUGCCGCUGCUGACGGAUUUCGUGGAUCUGAAGAGCAUUGAACAACAAUCUGAUUUCUUAGGAAUACCCAUAAAAAUGGGCAACUUCUUCAUGCUACACGACUGGAGUUUGCGCUCCUGCAAGGUGGCCCUGCACUCGCCCCUGAUCGCAGAGCUGAUCAGGUCGUCGCAGAGCUACGAUGUCAUCAUCUUGGAGCAGUUCGCCAAUGACUGUCUCUCCGCAGUCGCCCAUCUGCUGGGCAAACCCGUGAUUGCCUUGAGUAGCUGUGCCAUCAUGUCUUGGCACUAUCAAACACUGGGCACGCCCCACAUCAACUCGGUCAUGCCCAUGAACUUUCUGCCCCACACCGACCACAUGGGAUUUAUGGAGCGCCUCAAUAACUUUUUCCACUUUCAUAUUGCCAAUGCCCUCCAUAAAUAUAUAACAGAACCUGCAACAGAUGCUUUGAUUAGGGAACGCUUUGGCCCCGGUCUGCCGCCCAUCAACGAGAUUGUGAAGAACACGAGCCUCAUGCUGAUCAAUCAACAUUACUCCCUGUCGGGCUCAACUCCCUAUACAGCUAAUGUCGUGGAGGUUGGCGGUCUGCACGUCGGUCCAGCCAAGCCACUGCCCCAGCACCUGCAAAGUCUCUUGGAUGAGUCCGACUUGGGCGUCAUCUACAUCAGCUGGGGCUCAAUGGUUGAUCCCAGCACUUUACCUGCACCCAAACUGCAGGCGCUACUCGCUACCAUCGCCAAUCUGUAUCGCUAUACAUUCGUGAUGCGCUGGAUAAAGAAAGCCAUGCCCGAGAAUAAGCCUAAGAAUCUAUAUACCUUCGAGUGGCUGCCACAGCGGGAUCUCUUGUGUCAUCCGAAAGUUAAGGCCUUCGUUUCACACAGCGGCCUGCUGGGCACCUCGGAGUCCAUUUACUGUGGCGUUCCAUUGCUCGUAACGCCUUUCUAUGGAGAUCAGUUUCUCAAUGCUGCCGCUGUUGUUCAGCGACGCUUUGGAGUCAUUGUAGAAUUUAAAAACUUCGAUGAGCACCAUCUGAGUCGGGCUAUGAGAACUAUACUGGAUGAUUAUUUUGCUAUGCAAAUGAAACGCGCGACUAUUGCAUUUCGCGAGAGACCCCAAGACCCACUUAAAUUGGCUGUGUGGUGGACGGAGCAUGUGAUCGCCACAAAUGGAGCACCACUCGUACAGAGCGCGGGCAAUAAUAUGAAUUGGUUCGUGUAUAACUCGAUCGAUAUUUACAUCUGCUGUCUGGUAAUCGUAUUACUCUGCAUCGGCGCUGUCUGGAAGUUGUUUAAGCUUUUGAGAUGGCUUUGUGGCAGGCGAAAUGUCGUCAAGCAAAACAAACUGAAAAAACAAUAAAUAUUCCAUUUGGCAUUGGCCCGUGAAAACAGAA